AGACGGAGUGUGGGCGGGCGUGAGUGGGGGAAGCUGAAGCUGAAGCAGCUGAAGCUGGAAGCUGGGAGGUAAACAACAUGGUGGCAAAUAGUUAAUUUGUUUUGGUAAAGUGGUUACUUUCCCAGCUGGAGUAUACUCAAACCACCAUCGAGCUGGUUGAUAUCGCCUUCUUUCCCAAAUCAUGCAUUUCUCCAUACCCGAAACUCAAGAUUUCACCGAUGACAGCGGAUCAUCUUACACGGGCUAUCAUAUAUAUAUCAAUGGAAAAUUUCACUGCACUGUGAGAUAUCGUCAACUACAUAAUCUUAAUGAGCAGCUCAAGAAAGAAUAUGGUGCAGCAGCUCUUCCAUACUUUCCACCAAAAAAGUUUCUUCCCUUAUCAGCGAAUCAACUCGAAGAAAGGCGUUCUCUUCUUGAAAAGUUUAUUCAGAAAGUUGGACAACAUCCUGAGCUAGUGUCAUCGGAAAUUGUGAAUAGCUUCCUAUUGUCAGCUCAAGUGGAAACCAGCUCUGAAAAAAACCAGGAAUGUCCUCUAGAUGUGUUCCUUAUGAACGGAUAUCAGAUUACCAUCACUGUUCAGUCUACAGAACGCUCACAUCAAGUGUUGGAGAAAGUAUGCCGUCAGAUUGCCUUGCCAGACCCAUAUGUGUAUUAUUUUUACCUUUUCUUAGUGAAGGAUGAAGACAAUGGCAAUUUUACAAUUGUGCGCAAACUUCAAGAUUUUGAAUCUCCCUUUAUUAGUCAGAGGUCUCUUGGUGGAGCUCACAAAAUAGUUCUGAGAAAAAACUAUUGGGACCCUGCCUAUGAUAUUGAGCUGGUAACAGAUCGUGUUGCGUUGAAUUUGCUGUAUGUACAAGCUGUUACUGAAGUUGAAUGUGGUUGGAUGGUGUGUAGUGAAGAUAUGCGUCAGAGACUGGCUUCACUACAAGCAAAGGGAUCAAAGAGAGAGUACAUGGAAAAUGUUCGAGCAUUGAAGUACUACGGCUACAUGCAAUUUACUCCAUGUGUGGCAGACUACCCUUUUCCUGGUGCCCCAGUUCUGGUUUCCAUUGGAAAUUAUGAGCUCAGUAUUCGUUUGCAGACAGGAAGCUGUCAGUCACCAAGCUCAAGCGGUGGUGGAGUGUUCAAAGUUACUCGUAUGCGUUGCUGGAGAAUAACAACUUUGCAUGAUAAUGGUGAAAAUGGAAACAAAAGUGGUCCUGACUUUGAGUUAUCAUUUGAAUAUCUUGUUGCCAAAGACAAAUUGAUGUGGAUUACCAUAUCAAGUGAGCAGGCCAUUCUCAUGUCAAUAUGUCUACAAUCGAUGGUAGAUGAACUUCUUUUGAAAAAAAAUGGCAUCAAAAGAAAAAUGCCAGGGGAACUUACUCCAAAACCCAACUGGUCGUACAUGAAGAGAGAUGGUAGCAGUCAAGUAUUGAGCUCAAGCCAGUCCUCAUCAAGUGAUGGAUUCUCAUCUUCUCUGAGCAGUGGAAGUCAAAGUGGUAGCAAUAAUGUCGACAUGCUUUCUCCAACCAAGCCAGAAGCCUCCUCCUCUAUGAAACGUUUGUCAGAAAAGUUCACCAAUGUUAAUCUGAAGUCAGCAUCCAAGAAUUAUACAAGUGCCAUUUCUCACCAUACUGCUCCAGUUGAAAAUGAUGCAUUUGAUGGAAUUGGAGAUGAUGAUUUGUGAUUAUGUGUUUUCCUAAUAUGUUGGGUAGGCUGUAAACAGAACAAAUCCUUUAUCAAAUCGGUGCAUUUAUAAUUGUCAUUUUGACUUUGCAUUUAAAAGUUAAGUUGUGGUGACUGAUGAGUAUAAUUGUGGCUCAAUAUUGAUUUCUUGAUUUUUGUUAUUUAUUAACAGGAGGUGUGGUUUUAACUGUAAUAUGAAUUAAUUCAUUGGACUAUUGAUUGUAUUGCGUGUAUCAGAGGUGUUUUUGUCAGGGCGCUCUACCAUUACGCUUGAAUCAGCAUUAAUUCUGUAUCGCCUAAAUGGCAUGAGGUAGAAAAGUUAUACAUAGGAAUGCAUAUUGCUUAGGAAUCCCAUCUUAAUUCAAUUUAAGAUGGGUCAUCUGCCCUCAUACAUGCAGUUGUUUAUGCGAAACAGAAAUAGUGUUCAUUGCAAACUUUCUAUGUUAGUGAGCCCUUGGUUUUAAUCCAGAAAAAAGAGGGCUUUUCUUUGAGUGCGUUGGGCUCAAACUCCCCUGAAUUGAGGUACAGGUACGUUUUACAGGUGUGUCAGAUAGGCAGGCCUCAAGACCUUCAGUAAGAGAUUCAGUCCAGGACCCACGAACUCCUGUAAAUCCCGAGCGCCGCGAGUACCUUGACACCGCUGGUACAUCCUGGACAACACCGCCUUAGUGGGGCCUGGCUCCCUGCCUUCCUCUCUUCUGGCCACACACUCUGCCACUCGCCAGGAGUAGUUGUUGGAUUUUCCUUCUCUCUUAAUUAAAUUCUGCAAUAUCUCUCUCUAAUAUUUGUGAAUGUGCCAAAAUCUAUAUCUUAAAACUCAGAUCAAUUAGUACUGUAGUUUUGGGAACUAGAGAGGAAAAGAGCAAUACCUAUAAAUAUAUCUUUACAUAUACAUACGUAUACAAUUAUAUAAGCACUCUUAUAUGGUGUAUGGGGAGGCAUUUAUAUUGACAUUUAUUUUGGUUCGCUUUUAGUCUUACCUUACUUUUUAUGAAGUCUUUCUUAUGAGCUCUACAAAGUAAUAAUUGAAUUGGGCCUUUCGUCAAGAUCAUAUGAAUGGGUUUGCUGACUGGAUUCUGCUGUAUUUUUAAUCCCCACUCUGGUUAUUGCAAGCUUCCUACCUUAGGUUGUCAAAUGAAAUUUAAUCAGAGGACUUUUGCAUACAAAGCAUGAAUUAUUUUCAAUGCUUUUGUCUCUGGAUUCGUCAAACACAAUUCAUUGUUUUAUUCUUUUGAAAAGGAAGGCUCUUUUGCCCAAUUUGAAUUAUAUUUCGUGCAGUUUUUGUCUUCUUCCAUGAUUGCCAUUUUUAUGACCAAGUUUGUCAAGAUAUCCGUCCUGGAAUCUGUCCCAACUGCAUUACGCCAAAACUGUCUUUCAGAAAUUUUGAGCCUUAUUUAGUGUCUUGCUUUGGUGUACUUUUGCUGUAAUUUUUUUCUAGUACCGUCCCUAUUCCUAUAGAUAAAUGGCUACUGAUUCCCUCCUGUUAGCUCUCAUGUUUUUUAAAAAUGAUAACUAGAAGCAAAGUCCGUGUGGGUUAGGAAAAAACAAAACAAAAAAGGCUCUUUACCCUUUUGAAAAACAGAAAAAAAUAUUUGAGAGAUUAGUUCUGUACCAUAAUUAUUUGUUUGUUUUCUUGGUAAAAUUUGUAUUGUAUUUUUAUCAAUGUAGGAUUCUCAAAUGAGAUGUUGACAUGGUACCCGUACUGUCAACGUAUAGUUUCUGAUUGUUUGGAGUUUAGUAGCAACGCUCAUGUCAUGCGAUUGUAUUCCCACCCAUAUUUUUCUCUUCUCCAUGACAGUGAAAUGAACUAAUUUUGUUGACUGAUUCACAUACUGAUCAAUGUUUGCUACCCUGAAAGCACAGUGCACAUUUGAUGUUUAAUGUGCAUUAAAAUGCGCUUAGAGGUAAUACAUUUUAUGUGAAUAUGAUGUGCAUAAUGUGCACAAAAUGUGCAUUGUUACACUGUAAGCACAUAAAUGUGUGACCUUUUUGUGCAUUGUGGCAAAUCAAAAGAUGAUGGGUGACUGAAAAUUUAACAACGCCGCAUUAAAUUAAAGUGGUUGAUGCCCUUUUUAAAUGUUAUUUAUUUGACUGAGCAGUGCUUUAAUAACUAUGAUAGCAGUGCAAAAUAAUCACUAUACUCUAAUUCAUAGCUUAAUAUGGAAAUAUAUGUAUAUUAAUAUUACAAAUGCAUGUUUCCCUUAUGUUCUAAAAAAUUAAGAACUUAAAGUGUAUGUUGUAUACUAUAUUGUAGGCAUUUAUGUGAUAUAUUUCAUUCCCUCCUUUUUAUCUUUUAUUUUUGCCUAUAGGCGUUUGAUAUUGGGUAAUUAGCUCUCUGUUUCAGCCCUUAGAAACAAUGGUCUUUCUACUGCUUUCCUGGUUUACUCUGCAGGUUCAACUAGUUGAGGUGAUCUAAAUGCCCAUUAAUAUGAGGCAAAAUGAAAGGCUUUGACAUGAUUUUGACUUGGUUUGAUUGCCUGUUCUCCAUGGGAUCUGUCAGUGUCAGUACAGCAUUUUCUUCUUGAGUUGCCAUGGCUGAUCUCAGAAUGUUUUAGUUUGGCUUUUGAGUGAGGCAUGUUUCAAGUUUCAAUAGGCAUGCUCUAUUUAAUUUUCAAUCAAUUAUUUGGUUCCAUUGAAAUAUUUUUUUCCAUACAAUGCUAGAAUAACGAUAAUGAAAGUUAUGCUUUAGGUUUAUGAAUGGACAACAAUGUUGUAUUUUUUUAAAUUUUGUAUUGAUCAGAGUUGUGAGCAUGGCAAAUAAGUUUUCUCUCAGAGAAUCAGCACAUUGUGUACUCACUAUUCCCCUCAAAAGCAUUGACCCUUUACUUCUGAGCGCACAAAAGCCUGCAACACUGACUCUUGACUUAGUCGGUGUUCAGGAUAAAGACUGGGUCACUCCUUUUCUCAUCUUAUGGAUAGUACAUGUUACAUGUAGAGAGUGCCAAACUAGGCAAGUGUAUGGCGGGAGAAAAUUUUUGUUGAAGGGGUCACAGUUCAUUUUCCUUAUUUUCUAUGUGAAGCCUAUCUUAAUUUAUGUUCAUUUUCAAUGACCUUUCUUUCUUUACUCAAAGCCCUUAAGAGACAAAGCCAAGAAAGACACUUGUAUCUCUUCUAUAAGUGGCAUGUAAUGAUUUCUAUUGUCCAUUUAUUAAUCAAGCAAUCUGGCCGUCAUUAAUAAUGAGCUGCUUUAUGUAGCAGUUUAGAUUUUGGAUAUACCAGCACACUUUGUUUUGUGUUAAUUUGAGUGCAAUAAACUCAGUAUUAUGUGUUAUUUGUAUCCUUUAGCUUUUACUGUCACACAGGUCAUUAAUUUCCAUUGUGCCGACUGUUCAGGGUUCGUGCAAAAAAUGUUGUUGUUAUUGUCUUUUUGUUGUUUAUCUUCUUCUGUGAACAGAAAACCGAACAUCUAGUUUUAUCUCAUUUAUCAUCGUAGUGAAAUUCAUGUAUUUUUACAUUGUUUUAAGAGAAUAUUUUUUUAGUGUUGUUAACCAUUGUGGUGUUUGAGAGCAGAGCUUUGGUCGGUUAUUGAAUUGAUAUUUGACACUUGUCUAUUGUUAUACUGUAAGGUUGUAAUAUUAAUAAUAAUAAAACAUCAUAGAAUGGGA